GUUGUGGAAAGACUCUGUGAAGACACAGAGCUCAGAGAAGACUUCCGAUUACUAGGAGGUGUGCCCCUGUUAUUAUCUCUACUUGGUAGGGACAGUGGAAGGAGCGAAGACAAGAUAUUGGCUCUCAAGUCAGUUGUUGCUUCUGCUGUCACUCAACUGGCUGUCAAUGAUACUAACUCCGCCCACUUCACCCAGGAGAAUGGAGUUUAUCUUCUGUCAAAGCUGGUCCUACCCAACAGAGAGGGAGACAGCUCACUGGUGGAAACACUUCAGAGAAACUCCUGGAGAGCUCUGCGGUAUCUCUACAGUUCAGAGAGGAACAGAAGAAGGUUUCAGAAAGUCUUUCCUCCAAAACUGUUUGAGCAGUUCAUAGACAUUGGCCACUAUGUCAGAGACAGUGGAGCUUACUCUCCUCUGCUCCAAUCAGUCAACUCAAUGUCUGAGGCAGAGUUGAGCGGUCUGCAAUCAGCCAUUGAAGAGACAAGUAUCAAUCGUUCUCCCAUCUUCACGGUGGGUGGGUACAGCGCACAUGAACUACUCGGCUCCGGGGCUUUUGGAAAUGUCUACAAAGUAAAAAAGUUGAAUUCCGAUCAUUUCCUUGCGAUGAAAGAGAUAAAGUCCAGCCUGCCCCUGAUAGCAGGGACCACGGCUACCGAAAAGUCAGCCAGUAUUGGGAAGAUUAUGAACGAAGUCAACAUCAGCAGGGAACAGCUUCACCAUCCCAACGUGGUGCUCUACCACAAGUGCUUCCAAGAGGGCGGCCAUCUUUACAUCGUCAUGGAGCUGAUUGAAGGGGCUCCACUCAGUGACAUCAUUACAUCACUCGCCGACAAGAGAGGAAGAUUUGAAGAAGAGAGAAUUUGGAGAAUUUUCACACAGUUGACUCUGGCUCUUCGCUACUUGCACAAGGAAAAGCACGUGAUCCAUCGCGACCUGAAGCCAUCUAACCUCAUGGUCGGAGAAAAAGACAAACUCACUAUCACUGAUUUUGGUCUGGCCAAGCAAAAGGAGAGCGAGUUUAGUGUAAUGCAAUCAACAGUUGGAACUCUUUCCUACUGGUGUCCAGAGUUGGUUAAAAACGAGCCCUAUACCGAGAAGGCGGACAUCUGGGCAGCGGGCUGCAUUCUGUACCAGAUGGCCACACUCCAGGUCCCAUUCCAUACCAACAACAUCCUCAUUCUCGCCAAGAAGAUUGCAGAGGUCAACUACCCACCAAUUCCUGAAGGACACUAUUCCGCACUUCUCUCGUCCAUUGUCAGCAGGUGUUUGACAGGGGAGGCGAGAGAGAGACCGGACAGUGUGGAGUUGGGUGCUCUGCUUGCCUCGCAGCUCAUGGCAAUGGCUGACAGACUGGCAGGAGUGGCAGACCAGCUGCAACUUAGGCUGGAGAGAGAGAGGCAGCGAACACUCAGGCAUCGACAGCGGUACCACCAUCUGAUGUCAUUGACCACACCUACCAAUCUCGAGGCCACACCUACCCCCAGAGUCGGCUCUGCUGGCCGCAGCAGCCAGAGAGGCUCCGAGACAUUCCUCCAUCACCCUCCCAUCGUCACAAGUCCCACCUCCUCACACUCUCCCUCUUCCACAAUCGUCACCAGGACCACACCCUCUUUCCCUCACAGGACACUGGAGCCACACCCACCUCCAGAGUCAGCUGGAAUGGAAUGGGGACAAAACUAUUCCCCUGUUCUAUUCCACAAGGAAGUCGGUGGAAUGGAAUCGAGACUGGAAUGGGAUGGAGACAGUGACAAUGUGUUUCCUGAUAAUCAGAUGACAUCAUCACCUGGCAACCUCACCGGUUUCCAUGGCGAUGCACCUUUAGAAGCAUCGCCAUUGGGAGUGAAAAGGGAAAGCCCCUACUCGUCGAAAGUGGCUCGUGGUCGUAGCUAUUCAGCUGUUGUCCCCGGACACGCCCAGCGACAUCAUAGUGGGCGUGGUCAUGGGAAUGUUCGGAGUCAGACAGCCAGCUGUGAAAGUGGGCGUGGUCUACCAGGAGUAGGCGUGGUCUUUCCUGGAAGUCCUCUAAGAUACAGAACAUCGUCCUCGUCUUCACUCCUCUCUCUCUCUUCUCGCCAGCUGAGAGAGAUCUCAGACCCAAUUACCCAACUGAUGGCCACUUUACAUCGCCUCCUCUCCCUCACCCUCUCCGCCGCUCCCUCGUUACAGCCUCAUUCCGCAAGGCUCCUGGUCCUAGACCGAUACCAGAGGUCUCUGUUCCAUUCCGACAUGUCCCCAGAACAGGUCAAAGGUGAACUGCACAGACUCAGCACCUGUUCUGCGGAGGGGGUGUGGCUUUUGGAAGAAGGGGCAUGGUCAGUUGGUCCACGACUACUGAGCAAAGCAUUUGGAGAAAUUCCAGGUAAUGCCGGUACUCUCAACCCUCUUGCUAAUUUCAGCUCGUUUGAACCUUGCACUCUGACCUACGACCUACUAGCUGCUAUGAUUGACAGUUUACAUGAUGAGAGAACACUGCGAUUGUCGCACCAUCUCACAUAAUGCAUAAUAUGUGACACUCUGUACACAUAAUAUGUGGUAUAAAUAGAUGUUUAUAACAAGUGACUGCGAGAUAAUUAUAAAAAUUGGUGGGUUGACCACAGUGGUCUAUUGAGAACUAUGGUGACCGUUGUUGCUAGGACCACAGCGGUCUAUUGAGAACUAUGGUGAUUGUUGUUGCUAGGACCACAGCGGUCUAUCUUUGAUACCGCACUUGUCCUCCAGGUAAUAAACGUACUCUGCUAGCUGCAUGCGGUCGGCUAGGCCUUCGUUACGAGAACUGAUACAGUUGAUGAACUGCUCGCGACUAAGUGAUAAACUGCACGUCUUUUCAUGGUAUCUGUGUCUCAGCGAUGGGUCGGGAGCCUUCAAAACCUCAAUUCCGGUUUUCAAAACCCGUUCGAACAGGUCGACGUCCUCCCCGCCCCAACCGGUUAUACCGGUAUCGAAUCCGCCACUGGCAAGGUAGUCUGAUUUGUACAUGCAGGCCAUUCCGUAAGAAUAACUGGCCCAGUGUCCAUGCUCUCUCUUGAUGCCCAGUUCUGCCGGUCUCCUCUUGAAUCUGUACACGUAAUCCAUGUCGUAGUACUUGAAGAAUUCCGGGUAGUACACACGAGAACCUUGAACCGUGUUCAGCCGGCAACGGUCAAGAAACGAGGCAUCGAAAGUCAUAUCGACGUCACAGAUGAAGGCUAGUUCAGAAUCUUCGAUGUGUGACAUCCCCGUGUCAAGUCCGACGCUGCGUGUGAACGAUCCCUCGCCAGUGACGACUGUGAAAUCGGCGUCAGGAUGACGCGCCUGAUACAGAGUUAUUGUGUGGUUCACUGACUCGACCUCUGACCCAAACACCACCAGAAUGAGUGCCGCAUUCUGGUUCUCAAGCAGAACCUGACGUUCGUAGUUCAGCAGAAACUCGUUGAAACGACUGCCAACUCUGCUAAUCGGGACGAUGAUAUUGACAGUCUUAGUCAGUACCCCUUCCCCGCUGUCCUCGUGCAGUACCAGACCCGGACCAUGCGGUCUCAGCACCCUCCACCUCCUCCUCUUCCUCCUCCUCUCCCUCUUCUCCUCCAAAAUAACGUCCAAGACAUACUCUCUCCCUCUAGUCCCACUGUAUCGCAAGUGGCAGCUUAUAAAACGCCACACAAUCCACUCAGUCGCCUCUCGUAAGUUGACCGUGGAUAUCACCUUAUUUAGAAUGAAGUUUAUUUCCUCUCGUAGCUCACCACCUGCUGCAUAAACUGGCACUAUUGUCGUGCUCUGGUACACGCCCCUGGGUGUCAUAUAAGACCACGCGACAACCUCGUAGCGGUUCAUCGCCUUGAAGAUUGGUGGCAUCUCGUCGAGGACGACGUCCGAUUCAACAGGCGUGGAUAAAGGCGUGCAGUUGUUGGAGGAACGCAUGCGGCAGUAGCGUGCGUCCGGUUCGGUCAGCGGGGCCGCAAACUCCGACGUAACCUGUUUGCAGAUCUGGUUAGACAGGUUUUGAGUCAAUGCCAGUCGCUGUGCCUGACUCUGAAGUGAUCGUGUCUGGACAAACUGGUGAAGAGCCAACAUGUGCUGAAAUUCGGUGACCGGGUACAGAGUUAAGAGGUUCUGGAAUUGACUGCUGUACCACAGUCUCUCGGGAGAUCGUGAGUAGCCAUCAGGAUCACUGACAAAAUAUGACUGGGCCUCGUGAGAAGAAGUACAUUGGAUCCCGACUCUCCGACUAAAGCAUCGUCCGAGUUCCACGUCACCUCGGCCCAGUUUCAGACCGUGACUAGUGUUGGUACUAGACCCAAA